AAAAAUAUUUAUUUAUGUAAUGUGAAUAAUAAAAUUAAACUUCAAAUCUAAAGUAAACCAAAAAAUAAAAUACUAUUAACAGAUUGUCGAUAACAAAACUCAAAAAUCUAACUUUUUAUCAGAAGUUAUAGAAUUUCAACUGAGAGACAUCAGGUGAACAUAUCCCUUAUGUAUAUGCUUAUAAAUAUUAAUCUGUCUAAAUAAUUGAUUGAAAUUUUACAGUAAUUACUUUUCUUUUUAGGGAUGAACGCAUACCAUGUUGUUUGUGGGGGAAGUUUGCUGAGGAGAUGGAAUCUCACAGAGAGGAAGCACAGUUUGGAGUGGUUGUUUGUCUCAUCCGUUUUGCAAAAAUCGGAGCUUUUAGAGGUAAACUCCAAAUCUCAAAUGGUUAUGAUUCUUCACAAUUGGUGUUCAAUCCUAACAUAAAAGAAACCGAGGAACUAAAAGCAGCUUACAAGUUCAAUGAUGAUUCUAUGAGCAUUGUUGAAACAAGUGAAGAAGGCAAAGAUAUUGUAGCUCAAGCCACCAAUGGAAAUGGACAGAAACUAGAAAGUUGGAUUUCAGUUGAAGAUAAAACCAUAUCUGAGCUAUUUUGUUGCACAGAGGUUGAUAAGUGCAAGGUUGUUGCUACAAUCUAUGCUAUAGAUACUAAUUACGCAUGGUAUUAUUUUGGAUGUGCAUUAUGUCAAACCAGGACUUUUAAAGUCCUUGAGGAAGAUGUUGAUCCUUCCAUCAUAACACAACCUUUGUUUUGGUGUGAAAAAUGCAAAACAAAUGUGAAGAAUGUUAAACCAAGGUACAAGCUCUAUGUGAAAGUUAAGGAUGAUACAGCUGAAGCCAAAUUUGUACUUCUUGAUUGGAUUGCCUGGCCAGUUAUUGGAAUAAAAGCUGAAAAAGUUCUUAAUGGUUCUUUGGAUGAGAUUGAAGAUCCAGAGUUAUUGCCAGACUGUAUUACUGACCUUGUGGGGAAAACUUAUAAGUUUGGGGUUUCAAUUGAAAAAGGAUCUGAGAUAUUUACAGUUCUUAAGGUCUGGUCAGUUUACAACACCAGCAUGGUUGAUUCCCAGUCUGAAACUAUGUCUGGAAAGGGCACACUGUCAAUCUCAGGUUCAGAGGUGUCUCAACUAACUUACAGUGAUGAAAGCUCUGUCAAGAUGGCCACUCCUUCUAAGCGAUCAGGAGAAGAGAUUAUUGAGGUUCCAGAUACCACUUCUGCUACGAAGCUACGCCCUGUCAAAAGUAUCAAGAUAGAGAAAGAUUAGCAGUGAUGUGCCAGGCUUAAAGAAGAACUAAAUCUGCGAAUAGUUAUUUUUAAUAAGUGUUUAACAACACACUUUGCUUUUUGUUUAUUUAGAUUUUUUUAAUAAGUGUUUUCAAACACACAUUGUUUUAUGCUUUGGAUAUUUAUGAUGGUUGUUUUCAAGAUCAUUUUUGUUUUAGUUCUUCGUUUUAUAACAAAUUAUUUUAUAUUAGUUGCAAUAUCGGUAUAAAAAGAAAUUAUCAUCCUAUCUAAAACUGAAAGUAAUACCAAUACAGCGAAAAGUAAUACCAAUGGAUUCUAUAAUAAUUUUAAAAUUUAUAUUCAAGUUCAAAGUAUGAUUUAUUUUCUACUGUGAUAAGUAAAACCAACACUAAUUAUAAUUUAUAAAUAAAGUAAAACCAAUACUGCUGAAACAGAAAAUAUUAUAUAUUGGUUGCAAUAUCGUUAUAAUUAAAAUUUAUAAAUAAUAAUUUUGAAAAUUCGAAAGAUUUUAUACAUGGAUAAUAAGUUUGAUUGAUCAUCAUUAUAAUAUCUGAUAUCAUUAUAGUUAAGGAUAUCAUAACUAUAAUCAUUUUAAAUAUAUGAUUUUUAAAUUUUAUAGUAUUUUUUACAAUCCUAACUAUAUUUGGAAUAAAGAUUCAGAUGAUUUGUUUUCUAACUGAUUUUACUUCAAAACCAAAUCACACCGAAUUUAUUAAAAACAAUAUAAUUUACAA